AUGUCACGCCAUAACCACCAGUACCUACCACCCCAAGAGUCACGCCAUACCACAGUACCUACAAGACACCCUCAUGUCACGCCAUACCACAGUACCUACAAGAGACCCUCAUGUCACGCCAUACCACAGUACCUACAAGAGACCCUCAUGUCACCGCAUGUACCUACAAGAGACCCCUCAUGUGCCAUACUACACAGUACCUACAAGAGACCCUCAUGUCACCAUGUCACGCCCAGUACCUACAAGACACCCUCAUGUCACGCCAUACCCACAGUACCUUACAGAUACCCUCAUGUCACGCCAUACCACAUACCUACAAGAGACCCUCAUGUCACGCCAUACCCCACAGGUACCUACAGUCAGAGACAAGACCCUCAUGUCACGCCAUACCACAGUACCUACAAGACACCCUCAUGUCACGCCAUACCACAGUACCUACAAGACACCCUCAUGUCACGCCAUACCACAGUACCUACACAAGACCCCUCAUGUCCGCCAUACACAGUACUACAAGACACCCUCUCAGGUGUCACGCCCAUACCGCAGUACCUACCAAGAGACCCUCAUGUCCACGCAUACCACCUUUGUAGUCCCUACAAGACACCCUCAUGUCAACCGCCUUUACCAUGUCAGUACACAGUACUAAGAGGACCCUCAUGUCACGCCAUUGCCACCAGUACCUACAAGACACCCUCAUGUCACGUCCAUACCACAGUACCUACAAGCACACCCUCAUGUCACGCCACCGACGAGUAA